GCCGGGGCCAAAAUUAUCACCUAUGAAAAAACAAAAACAAAAAACAGUCUUCCAAGUUCAAGUGAUCGAAUAAGAAAAAGGGAAAGCAGAAGCUGCCUCGUGAGUGCUAGACUGCUAGUUUCGGUAAAAGAGAAAUUGCAAGGCAGGCAGGCACUAAGAAGGGAAGAAAUUAACCAUAUACAAUUCAAAAGCGCUCUAGGAAGGCAGAUCAAUAUACAUAUAGGAAGGCAACAUUCAAAAGAUCGAGCAAAGCAAAGCAAGCAGAAUAUGGCUUCUCUGACCAAUGAAGCAGCAGCCACUUCUUCAUUUCCUUCUCUCCCACUAUCUUCUACUGAUCACCGGAUUCAUUACACAUACCAAGUCUUCCUGAGUUUUCGAGGCGAGGACACGCGCUUUACCUUUACGGAUCAUUUGUACAACGCUUUGUGUCAAAGGGGAAUUGAGACCUUCAGAGAUGAUAAGCUCAGAAGAGGAGAAGACAUAUCACAAGAGCUCCUCAAAGCAAUUGAGGAGUCCAGAGUUUCAAUCGUCGUCUUCUCUCAAAAUUAUGGUUCCUCAAGGUGGUGCUUAGAUGAACUGGUCAAGAUACUUGAAUGCAGAAACUCCAAAGGGCAGGAGGUUAGAGCUGUUUUCUACAAGGUGGAUCCCUCAGAUGUUCGACACCAAAGUGGUGUUUUUGGUGACGCAUUUGCUACACUUGAUCAAUGCAAAUACAAGGAUAGCAUGGGCCAAUGGAAGGCAGCUCUUAAGGAAGCAGCAGAUUUGUCUGGAUGGCCUUUCAAGGAUGGCGAGUAUGAGGGUAAAUUUAUCAACGACAUUGUUGUGGAGUUGUCCGCCCGAGUAGUAAACCCUUCAUGUGAGUUGCAAGUAGCUGCACAUCCAAUUGGAAUAGAGUCUUGUAGACAAGAUGUCAACAAACUUUUACAUACCAAGGACAAUAUUGUUCGCAUGGUAGGCAUAUGGGGGCCUGGUGGAAUAGGAAAGACCACAAUUGCGAAAGGUGUGUUUAAUUCAAUUCGCCAUAAGUUUGAAUCUUGCUGUUUCUUGACAGAUGUUAGAUCAAAAGGCCUAGCCCAACUGCAAGAGACACUUUUGUUUCAUAUUUUAAGGGACCCAACUUUGAAGGUGACUAGUGUUGAUGAAGGAGUCAGUUUUAUAAAGACAAGGAUGCGACAUAAAAAAGUUCUGUUAAUCCUUGAUGACGUGAGUCAUUCUAGCCAAUUACAGAACUUAGUUCCGUCCCCUGAUUGUUUUGGUCCGGGCAGUAGAAUUCUCAUAACAACAAGAGAUAAACGUUGUCUAACUGGUCAUCAAGUUGAUGAAGUAUAUGACGUCAAAAUGUUAGAUAGUGAUCUAGCUUUGGAGUUGUUUAGCUUGAAUGCGUUUAGAAGAAAUGGACCUCCAGAUGAUUAUCUGGAACUUGCCCAAUGUGCUAUACACUAUGCCCAGGGCCUUCCAUUGGCUUUGAUAGUUUUAGGCUCUCAUCUAUUUCGUAGAAGCAAAGAGGAGUGGGAAGCUACAUUAUAUGGUUGUAAAGGAGAAGAUCCCCACAUCGAGAUAAGAAAUGUGCUCAAAAUAAGUUAUGAUGCUCUAGGAGUACAUUUAAAAGGAUAUUUUCUUGAUAUUGCUUGUUUCUUUAAGGGUGAGCAUGUAGAUGAUGUGAAACCAAUACUAGAAGCUUGCUAUGACCUCAAAUCAGUGACUGGUAUUGCACAACUCCAAGAAAAGGCUUUAAUAAGAAUUGAUUGUGAGACUUUCAAGGGUGGUAGGAUUUGGAUGCAUGACUUGAUAGAAGAAAUGGGUAAAGAUAUAGUAUAUCAAGAGUCACCUAAUGAACCGGGGGAACGCAGCAGAGUGUGGAGUAAAGAUGAUGUCAACCACGUUCUAACAAAUAAUACAGGAACAAAUAAGGUUAUAGGCAUUCAGGCCCCAUGGGGAUUAUCUUCAAUAUCUUUGAAUGCUAAAAGUUUCUCAGAGAUGAAGAAGCUUAGAUAUAUUUCUAUGGGCGAAUACCUGAAAUAUGAAUCCUUUUCUGGAGACAUUGAUUAUCUCUCCAACCAGUUGAGGUGGCUUGAUUGGCCUGCUAGUCCGUUGCAAUCUUUUCCAUCUGAUUUUCAUGCAAACAAACAUGUAAAACUCAAUAUUCCUGACAGCCGCAGAAUCACACGACUAUGGGAGGGACGUAAGAAUUUUCCAAGGCUAACAUAUAUGAAUUUAAGGGGUUGUGAAUCCCUAACAGAACUCCCAAACUUCAGUGGAAUCCCCAACUUGAAAGAGUUGGAUCUAGCAGAUUGUAAAAAUCUUACAACAAUACCAUGCAAUGAGUUACAAAAUCUAGAGAUCCUAAAUGUGAGUAGAUGCUCAAAUCUUGUUACAUUUCAAACAAAAGCAAGUAUUUCACAUGAUCGUGACAGUGGCUCGCUAGCGCUUCCCAAGCUACGUGUACUCAAAAUCAAAGGAUGUAAUUUAUCAUCUGCUGAUUUCAUUGGGAGUCUUGACUGCUUCAAAACAUUAACCGAACUUGAUCUCUCAAAUAACAAUUUUGUUAGUGUUCCUACACUUAGCAAAUUUGUCAACUUGCCAAGGAUUGACUUGUAUAGUUGCAAGAGACUUCGAGAGAUUCCUGAGCUUCCACUAAAUAUAUUGGAGGUAAAUGCGUGGAAUUGCGAAUCACUGGAGAGAUUUUUGAUAUUGCCCAAGUCUUUGAAAAUGCUAGAGAUGGACUUGUGGAAUUGCCAUGGAUUUAGUUACAAUCUGGAAAAUAUUUUGCUGAAUAAUCAGCACAACACCCGGUUUAGGCUUCUAUUAUCCGGUAGUGAGGUUCCCAAGUGGUUCCAUUGUUCGAAGGAGGUUGCUGUUAAUGAAAACGACCCAUCCAGUACAUGUGCAAUUUCUUUUGAAAUCCCAAGCAAAUUGAAUUGGGCGAACAUAGGACUGGCUGUUUGUUAUGUUGAGGCAGCUUUUAGUAAUUUUAUUGGCAAUCGAGCUGAUAUUUCCAUCAAUGGGGUACUCAUAGAUCGGCAUUCCAAGUUGCCCGGUUCAAUGCCAGACCAUAUGUGGCUAAGUUAUAUUCCAUUAUGUGAUGAAAUAAAGGGAAAGGUGGAUCAAAACGGUGGGUCGCGUUAUCACUGUCGAGUUCAAUUUUACCCUGCUUCUCAAAUGAAGAGCUGUGGAGUUCACCUGGUAUGCCAACCACCGAUGACUAGCCUUCUAAUUGAAGAUGAUGAUGAAGAAGAGCCAACUCGGUCGUCACGGCUGUCUCUGUCUUCCGAACCUCCGAAACGACACCACACCCCGGAAGAUGCAUCAAUAGUGAUUCCUCCAAAACGACAACGCGCUGCCGGGCAACCAUCACACAACCAAUGAGAGUAGCUUCCAUGGCAAUGAGAGUAGCAGGAGCAACCAAUUCCUUCAAAACGACACUGCCCUGAGGAGCGACCAUCAAUGCCUCCCAUCCCCGAUUACUCUGCAUCUGCAUCUGCUUCCGCCUCAGAUAUGUGGUGGAACCAUCCAUCAGAUCAAAUCUUCCAGACUUCUAAUAGGCAAGAAAAUCUUGAUCCUCUUCUCAAUUCACAGUUUACUCUGGCGAAUCUACAGUCUACCUCACCUUCAACUCCAGAGUUCUAACAAUAAAUGCCAUGCACUUAGAUAUGUUCUUUCAGAGACUAGCUGCUAUUUUCAGAGAUCAAGUGGGGUGAUUGACAAGAGUUUUCGGAGUAUUAGCAUGUGAAAUUAGGCCCUUCAGAGGCUGUUGCUAGAUCAGGCUCUCUUCUAUUCAUUAGAACUAAUCAACAUCGAUCAUAUGUGGCGGUUUCAUGAGGGUUUUCACAGUGCAAAAUCGGGUACAUGCUGAUCUGUCUGAAUUUGAGAGGACUGCAAUUAAACUAGAAGUAAAGGUAUGUGCUAUUUCCCUUGCUCAUCAUCCAUUUCUCUUUCUAGUUGAUAUAAUUUUCUUGUUCAAGGUCCAAUGAAAGAGAAAAUAAGGGGACGUGUCUUUUUCAUUUCCCUGUUUUGUAACUCAGAGGAAGUAGCAAAUUACUAUCACCAUGGUGCUGCUGCUGUGAUGACAGGUGAUGUUGUUUCACAUCCAAUAGCGGUGCUUGUUACCUUGCAAAGUUAAAUCUCACUAACAUUCUGUAGUGUGUACUAAACAAGUUCUGAAAUUAGAUUGGCAUCCUACUAGUCAUAUUGACAAAAAAUCUUGAAAAGUUAGCUCAUUAGAACUAAGUUCUAGAAAUGACCAUUUCUCUGCACAGAAAAUCUGGUUUAUCAUGUGUCCAAUGUCAUCUCUUUGUCCAAUGUGUCCAAUGUCAUCUCAAUUUCACUAAUAAAAAUUACAGAGAGUAGAUGGCAUUCUGAAGUGUAAACUUCAAGCACAAGUUUUCAGAAUGCAUCCAAAUUGGGGGUAAUUGUUAUAUAUACAGGCUUUGUAAAGAGAUUGUUGUGAUCAAAGAUAGUCAUGAGGAAGUGGCCUUAUUACAUUGCUUCUUCCUUGAUGAUCUCAAGAUUCUGCAGGCUUGAAGCUUCUCUAUUACUUAUUUUGAUGUACAAAAGUAAUUUAUUUAUCAGAAUUUAAUUUAUUUGUCACUUUCCACUUUCACAAGUUACAAUGGAGCGUAAGUACAUACCAAACUUCGCUCGAAUGACUAUUUUGUCUAGUUGAUAUUCACUUCGGUUUAAUUAAGAAGUUCUAUGAGGACUUUUGUUGCAAACUUCUGUAAUAUCUUUUAAUUUUGUGUCUUCUGAGAAUAAA